AUGGCCGACGAAGUGCGCGGCGACAUGACGCUCGACCAAUAUGAAUUCCCCCAGAGCCGACUGCGACGACGGAUAUACACAGAGGGCCGCACGCCGUUGAUCCUCAUCGCCUGUGGAUCUUUCUCUCCCAUCACUUUCCUCCAUCUGCGCAUGUUCGAAAUGGCUGCCGACUACGCACGAUUCAACACCCAGUUCGAGGUCGUCGGCGCCUACCUAUCAUGUGUAGGUGACGCAUAUAAAAAGACCGGCCUCGUCAAGGCAGAACAUCGGAUCAACAUGUGCUCGCUCGCCGUACAGCAGAGCACGUGGAUCAGUGUCGAUCCCUGGGAGGCCCUACACAGCGAGUAUCUCGAGACGGCCAAGGUGCUUGAUCACUUUGAUCACGAGAUAAACGAGGUGCUUGGAGGCGUGGACACACCGGAUGGAAAGAAGAAGUGCCACAUCGCUCUACUGGCCGGUGCAGAUCUAAUUCAGACCAUGAGCACACCUGGAGUGUGGGCGGCCAAGGAUAUCGAUUACAUCCUGCGUAAAUAUGGCGCGUUCAUUGUGGAGCGAUCUGGCACAGACAUGGACGAGGCGCUUUCAGCAUUACAAGCUUGGAAAGACAACAUCUGGGUAAUUCAGCAGCUGGUGCAAAACGACAUCAGCUCCACCAAGAUUAGACUCUUUCGCCGGCGCGACAUGUCCAUUCGCUACUUGGUCCCGGAGCAGGUUGUCGAUUACAUCGAGGACCACAACCUUUACGACGAUGACGGCGCCGUGAGUGGUGGGAAAGAUCGCAAGGCCGGCGAAUCUCGCGGUGUGGCACCCAUUGCCAGCUCUAGCAAGCCCCAGGAGUAG